CAAGUGACGAAAGAGAAAUCAGUCUUCGGCGGCUAUCUAUAAUCGUCUCGUAUAAUGACAAAUUGCAAUCUGGUGGGUCGCGCAAUGUUCGCGAGAGCGGAGGGCGGAACACUCAGACUCGGACACGACCGCGCCGAGCACAACAAACAGCGGCGGCUAAUUAUUAUUAUCUGACAAUAACGAAAGGAGGGGCGCCAGUGCCGGCUCGGCGGCCGCUCACUCGCGCCUCCCAGCCGUGCAAUCAUAACCCUCGGUCUUUGAACCGAACCUCCGUUGUCAUUGUUAUUUUGUUUACAACGUAUGUUCUAGAAUCAAUUAAACUUGUUUAGUUACCUACAUAAAAUAUGCGCGACUAAAUUACGUAUCAAACAGAUCUAAAAAUAAAAUUCAGAUAAGACACUACAUCUCGUAAGGACAUCACGAACAACGUUACUUUAAUUUAUACAGCAAAAGUCUCAUGGCAAUAUGUUGAUGGCUGGCGAUUUUCAUGAUACUGACUUUAGACGGAUGUAACAUAACAAGCUUUUUUAACAUAAGAUGUUCGAUCCAACCGAAUGGUGAUUGGAUGACGAUCUCAUCGCGCUCCCCAGACAAGGAGCCGUCGCCACCAAAACAGAUCAACUUCGCGGAGCCCCUGGUCGAGUCGGUGCGCGUGUACCUUGCCAAUGAGCUACCGUCCAAGCAGCUAGCACUGGUACCGCGCGCGCCCUCGCCGCCGCCUUCGCCAUCACCGCCUGCCACGCCGCCGCUCUGCGAUGUCGACAUAGCCUCGCACACCGCACACGAGGAAAUCAAAGGAAUCAAUUUCGAAGCGCGCCUCAAGCGGAAUGACCUAAACAACAACGCUUCACGACAACAGACCGAUCGGCGACAGAACGGUGACAUGCCCAGCCAAGCAGAGCUCAUGCAGCGACAACCGCUGUUGGCGCGCACCGUCAAGACAGACGCGCCGCAGCCCACCACGGACGAGUCCGACCCCGACCAGGAUCACUCGCCGCAACGCACGCAUGCAGGGGACUUCAUUGUAGAGAUUCCACCCGGCGCUGUAAGGGAGGAGAGAUACCCCAAAGAAAUAUGGAAAACUAUUAUAUCAUUCUUCUUCCUAUUUUUAUGCGUUUGUGUAAAUAUGAUGUCACUGUCCUUAGUACACGAACGACUGCCAGACAGAAACACAACGCCACCGCUCAACGACAUAAUACUAGACAACGUCGCAGCACGAGACUGGGGCCUCGCCGUGUCCGAGUAUCUCAUCAUGAUAUCGACGACAGUAGCCAUGCUGGUGGUCGUCUUCCACAAGCAUCGGUUCAUCGUCGCCCGACGCCUGUUCUUCAUAAUCGGUCUGUUGUACCUGUACCGGUCGGUCACCAUGUUCGUGACCGUGCUACCGGUGUCCAGCACCACUUACUAUUGCAGCCCCAAAAGCAAUAACACCACGCCACUACUGGUAAUCAAGAGAAUGUUCUACUUAAUAUCUGGCUUCGGGUUGUCAAUAAACGGCAAGCACACGUACUGUGGCGACUACAUAUACUCAGGGCACACGAUGGUCCUAGUGCUAAGUUACCUCAUCGUAGCAGAGUACUCGCCGAAGAAGCUGUGGCCGAUGCACUGGGCCAUGUGGGGCUCGGCGCUGCUCGGCGUGUCCUUCGUGCUCCUAGCGCACGGCCACUACACGGUGGAUGUGGUGAUAGCGUAUUACGUGACGACGCGGCUGUUUUGGACGUUCCAUUCGUUGUUAGUGACGCCUCACCGCAGCGGCAACGGCUACAACCACUACAUGAUCCAGCGGGAGUGGUGGUACUGGCUGUUCACGUACCUGGAGCGCAACGUGCGCGGGCCGGUGCCGCGCCGCUACGACUGGCCGCUGCCGUGGCCGCGUACCAAGCUCUUCAGCCGGCUCAGCUAGUGACGCGCGCGCGCGACGCUGCCGCCGCCGGAACGCGUAUGACGCUCACCUUUUGCGAGUGCCGUUUGAGGACCUGCAGCUCCUUGGGGCUGGUCCGCGUGCAGAUGGCCAGCGUUAGCGUAUAGUCGAACUGAUGCACGAUCAGAUUAAGGUAGACCGUCUCCUCCCAGUCGAUCUCUGGGUCUCCGAUGGGCAAUUUCUUGGAAUCCUUGCGGAACACCUCGACGUCGGUCUGCGAACAUAGCGGUCAGUGGUCAGUGGCAGGCGUCGGCGCCCUCGCCCGGGCGCACUCUAUGUAUAUUCGGCUGUGCUUAAGUACGAUCGCGUGAACCAAGUUGUGCGAGCGCUGCGUGUGAAAUGUGAUAAUUCGCAAAGUGAGCAUAAUAUUUAUUUCCUCACGACUAUCGCAAACUGUUCUAUAGAAAGUGAUGAUUUCGUAACUGCUUUUAUUGUUGAAUAUAAUGUAAGAUUUGAUUUUAUUUGACAAAGAACAAUAAUCGAUCAAUUAUGUACUGUCGACUGUUGAUGGAAUUCUUGUUUUUGUAAAUUGUAUAGUUUAUAAGUGGUUAUAGAAAAACCUCGAAUCAAAGUUGAAACUUACUAAGUAUUUAUUAGAAAUAUAUAUACUGUGAUGAAUGUAUAGUUGGAGACGAGUGAAUGUACUGCGCCCAUGACACUGGGAGUGUCCAGGACAUGGCGCGCUACAAGUACAUGUAGUUGUUGUACCAGCAGCCUACUAUAAGAAAUAAUAUUUUUAUAUUGUUUAAAAUAAAGUACAUACUUAACUGUUGUUAA